AUGGCGAAACUGAAGCGAAUUCUUGUAGCAAUCUCAGUGUUGGUGGGAUUAGCAUGUGUGCCAAUCUCCGAGUGUGCUAAGAAACCAAUGACUGUUGCGAGGAAGGAAGACAUUCCUUUCAUCAAAUGCCAAGUCUGUGAGAAGCUCGCAGCUCAGCUACACCAACAAGUUAAGAAGAAGCAAGCUGAGAUCACCCCCAAGAAGAUCUCGGAGUAUCAGAUUAUUGAGAUUUCGGAGAAUGUCUGCAAUUUGAAGAAGGCAGAGGCGGAUUGGAUUUUGCAGAUUGAUAUAGUUGAGCAAGGAGAUAAGUUGGAGCUGGUGGAACAAGGUUCUGAAGGACAAUGUAAUUCGGAAUGCAAGACAAUAGAGCGAGCUUGUCAGGAGGUUUUGGGGUAUUCUGAUACUGACGUUGCUGAAUAUCUAUAUAAAUCCAAGCCUGACAUUGAUUCAUUGGUUAAUUAUCUAUGCAAAGACCUUACUAAAGCAUGCAGUACCAAGCCUCCCAGAGUUCCUAAGAAUAGGACUCCUGGAGAAAUUUUUGUGGCCAAGUCAGCUAAAGAAGCUGAAAUGGAAAAGAUAAUGAAAUCUAUGGAGGGAAUGCCAGGAGCCCCAGGCAUGAAAUAUGCCGAUGAUGAAGAUGAUGAUGAUGAGGACACUCAGAUUCCCUCAAAAUUGGGAAAAGUUUUGAGAGAAAAAGAAAGCACAAAGAGUGACUUGAAACAGAGGAUCACCAACGGAAUUUCGAAGACCAGGGAGACACUAAAGAAACAUGCAAACCAAGUCUCUAACUGGUUACGGAAAACGUGGAGGGGACUGAAAAAGCCAGCUUCAAAGAAGAGCACAAAGGCCAACAAGGCAGAGCUUUAG